CGGUGGCGGCUGCUGCCACCAUGCUGAGGCGCGAUAUCAAAAUUGCGGGAGAAGCGAGGGUCAUCAAGCACAGAUGGCGCAUGCACACCAGGGGCUAUCAGCUGACCUCCACGCUGCUGCAGAAGGGCACUGAGAUUGCGGCUACCAAGGCAAUAGGCUCUGUGGUGGAUGACCUCGAGGGCGUUGUACAUAUGGCCCGAGAGCAUGUUGAUGACCUCCGAGAACGGGCUUCUAAACGUCGCAAGAAGAAACCGGAAGGAGCCGCCACCAGAUCUGCUGCCGCUGCUGCGGUGGCUGCUGCUGCUGCCGAACGAUGUCCAAGGCUAGGAGCCGAUGCACGUCUCGCUCGGUCCGAUCCGCUGGAGGCGCUUCUUUUCAGCGGACCGAGGAGAAGCCCACAACCCACGACGACUCCUCCACGACAACGGCGAAUGGCUAUCGACCGGCACCGCGACGGGGUGAAGCAGAGUGUGUUAGAGGAUGAUGUGUUGAAGGAGGAGCUGAGGGAGUUACUGUGUGUCGGAGAACUUGGAGAGGCAGCGGCGACGAAGGCUGCUGUCGAUGCGGAGAACAUUCGCGCACUGGUCGCCUCUAUAGAGACGUUGAAGCUACACUCCCACAGCAACAUCGGCCGCGCUGCCUACAACACCGUCAUUGCCGCAGCUGCUGGAGCGGAGCACACGUGCGAUCCUGAUUACCCUUGCACGCCGGAUGAGCCGCGCGCACCUGCUGAGCCGCAGGGUGCCGUCAGCCUUGCCGCGCGAGCAGAGGGUCUUGGUGUGAGAUACCAUACGUUCCGUGCAGCGCGUACCCGGAUGCACAGGACUGACCACACCAUACUUCCACAGGAAGCUUUGGAGAAGGGGAGAUACCUCUGGGCUCCUCGCAAGGAAAGGAGCGACAAGAUGGACGAACGUGUCAUGGGUUUGGCGAGGUGGUUCUGGCACUCUGACUAUAUUUCUCGUGCGUCGGGAGACUCCGAUUUGACGGGCAUCUCUGGGAGUUCCAAGCUGUACCAGUUCAUGGGAGCGGAGGUCCAGGAGGAGGAGAGCUCGGGCGUAGGCGUAGAGGUGCAGAAAGAGAACGGGGUUUUACUCGCGGACAAAUCAACCGUUCUGACGCUUCCGGCUGUCACGAAGCGAUACAAGCUACGCGUUCGCCAGGCGUCGUGCUACUGCUCGAAGUGUAGUGUUGGAGCUUACGACGACUGCGUCCCGGCCAAGAAGUACGCGGGGAUGGUGGGUAUGGUGAAGGCUGUGUCGGGCAAGCACAAGGUUACUCGGGCGUCUUGUGGUGUAGGGAAUUGAGGGGUGUCGGUGGUGCACGUCAUGUUCUCGUGUUUGGCGCCUUGUUCUCUUCCAUGUUCUUUUGUUUUUUG